AUGAAUGCUGUCUCAAAGAAGGAGUUGGCAAAGCAUUGUCGGAGACGAACCAGAGGUACAGAUGAGAUGGAGAGCCAGUUGACAGGACUGUUCAACUCCCAGGCAAGUGCAACAGAUGUGCUUGGGGUACCUCUUUUUCGAGAUGAAAUGUUAACGGAGAUAUGGCCAGAGCAACGGAAACAUGUACCAUGCAUUCAAGACCCCCCAGGUGUAAGCCUUUACACUGCCACAGGUGAACUGAAGAAAGGAGGCAAAACACUGUCGGUGUAUCGAUGUGCCCGUGGCAGCACAUCGUUGGAAAGUUUCCACCUUCAUUUGAACAGGUUCAUACCAGGUAAAUAAGGUGGGGAUUAGGUGUUUGGAAAUGGAUAGUUCUGUUCGAAGACGAGCAUAUUUCAAAGGAAUAGAAAUAUCCAUUUUAAGAUAUCAAAUACUAUAACUUUAUAUAGCAUGACAAACAUCUAGACACACUGUAGAAACUUAUCAUUGGCUUGUUUUCUUUGUGAUUACUCUACUAGGGACAUCAGCUGGUGCAGUGGCUUUUCAAGCAUAUCUGGUGGAAGGCUUGGCAAGAUGGAAUGGAGAGAGGGCUGUGCAAGACAGUGUGACAAUCGAGAAGUUGAGGAGUUUCGACAUCUCACUCAUGCAGAGUCAAUGCGUUGUCAUCAGCAAUUUACACUGA